CUGACUUUAUAAUCACCACUUUUCAAUUUAACAUUUAUAACAUUUUUAAUCAUCAGUUGAUUUAUAAAAAAGCAGUCAAGAAUGGAAGAGGAAACAGAGCAUUUAGCUGCAAUGUUGUCUAUUGUAGAUGAACAGUCACACAAAUUAACAGAAUUUUUAAACUCUGAAGAUUUGAAACCAGAUCUAUCAACAAUAUUUUCAUCUUCUAAAGACAUAAAAACAGAAUUUACAACAUUUUCAUCUCUUGUUGAUGCAAAACCCAACAUGACAUUCACAGCUUCUCAAGAUGUUAAACCCUAUACUAAAACAGAAUUUUCAUCUUCUAAAGGCACAGAAACAGAAUUUUCAAGUUUUUCAUCUUUUGAUAAAUUUACACCCAACAAAUCAUUUAUAAGCUUGCAAGAUGUUAAACCUGAUGUUACAACUGAGUUUUUAAUUUGUAAAGAUAAAAAGCCUGCUGUAUCAACAUUAUCAACAUCUAAAGAUAACAAAUUAGAAGUCACAACUUUAUCAAGUAGUAAAGAUUCAAAACCAGAUUUAUUGACAGGAUUUUUAUGUUUUGAGGAUAAACAACAAAAAGGGCUUGAACUUCAAGUUGAAGAAAAUCUCCAGUUUUCUAGAGACAAAAAAUAUCAGAUUGUUUCUAGUAACAAACACAAAAGAUUUUCUCAAAGUUCUAACUUAAUAAAACAUAAAACAAGUCAAGAAGAAAAUAAGCAAGUUGAAUAUUAUGCCAUCCAUUACAAUUUUUGCAGAACAGACUGGGCAAAUCAGCCAUGUCUAUACAAAGUGCACUUGUGGUUAAACAGGAAUCAAAUGAUCAAGCAAUACAAUUUAUGGAUUUAAAAUCAGAUGUAAGAUUGGCAAUUUUCUUUAGAAGAUGUGAAACCAAAUUUAACAUUGAUUUCAACUUCAAAUGUUAUCAAACAAAAUAUGGCAUCACAAUCUUCACCUUUUGAAGACAAGUCAAAUGAAACAGUUGCAUUUUCAACUUCAGAUCAACAAUCAGAUGAAACAUUUUCUUCUUCUAAAGAUAUGAAACCAAAUGCUUCAACAGAAUUUUUAAGGUGUGAUGUUAUGAAAAAGGGUAUCUUAACAUUUUCAUCAAUUAAGGGUGAAAACAAAAAUAGCUUAGAUGUUAUAAGACAGCUUGAAUAUUUACCAGAUUCAGAUGCUUUUAUUGAAAAUUUUACAAUUUUAAAAUCAGAUCUUCAUCAUGAUUUACAAGAACUCAAGGAAAUGCAUAAAGAAGUUAUUGAUAAUUUUCCAACAAUGAUUGAGUUCAGGGAUAAGGGACUGAAGACAUAAGAAUGAUAUGUGUUGUCAAAGAUUUACUCAUUUUCAUCAUAUUACACAACAUAUGAAAACUCACACAAGAAAGAAUUCAUAUGGGUAUGAUUUUCAUCAGCAACAAGGUGCUAUGAACAGUCAUGUAAAACAGCUUAAGAAAAUAAACAAGAAGUUUUCUCUGCAUAAAUUACAUUCUGAAGACAGAUGCAAUGAAUGUGAUGUGUGUCAUAAAAAGUUUGCUCAUAAGGCUAGUUUAUAUGCACACAAAGUCAUUCACUCUGGACUUAGGCCAUAUGAAUGUGAUGUGUGUCUUAAAAGUUUUAGAUGGAAAAGUCAAUUAGUAAGGCAUAAAAAUAUUCAUUCAGGUCUCAGACCAUAUGAAUGUGAUGUGUGUUAUAAGAAGUUUGCUGGGAAGUUUGGUUUAUAUAUACACACAAAAAUAUUCACUAUGGACUUAAGCAUGAAUGUGGCAUUUGCCAUAAAAUGUUUAGUCAGAAAAGUUAUUUAUCUGUACAUGAAAAGAUUCAUUCAGGAGACAAAAGACAGAUGUGAUGUGUGUCAUAAAAAGUUCAGUCUGAAGAGAACUUUAUCUGACCAUAAAAAUACACAUUCUAAUCUCAAGCCCUAUGAAUGUGAUGUUUGUCAGAAAUCUAAUUUAUCUCAUCAUAAAAAUAUUCAUUUAGGUGUGAGACCUCAUGAAUGUGAUGUGUGUUAUAAGAAGUUUGCUAGGAAGUGUGAUUUAUCUUAACACAAAAUUAUUCACUAUAGAUACAAACCCUAUGUGUGUGAUAUGUGUCAUGAAAAAUUUAGUAGUAAGCGUAGU